GAGUCCACUCCCAGAAGGGAAGGGCUGGGUUUCGUAUUUCAUUUCCCUUGUAAACCAUUCCCAGAUUCCAAUCCACUUGCAGGGUUUCUUGCUCUUUCCAGUCAAAGACCUCAGAGUGAGUCCCCAGCCCAGAUCGCUGAGGGAAGGCGCAGUCAAUUUUAGGAAGUCCAAUAUGAGACCAGCAUCUCUCCUUCCCCUCGGAAGCCUCUUUGUUUUCUCCUGGCUUGUAGAGGGCAGAAUUGUCGGAGAGGAUGAAGUCGGUUUUGCUGAAUGUAACAAGUUCUUUUACGAAGAGACCCCGCCAGAAGGACUGGCUGAGCCUUUCCACGUGAAAAUUUGUCAAAAAUAUAACGGCGAGGAGCGUUUUGCCACCUUGUACAGCAUCCGAGAAAAGAUACCUGUUUACUCGGCUUUUCGCUUUGCAGUCUCUGGAGAGAGCAGGGAGCAGGGUUGGAUGAUCGAACCCCAGAUAGAUGAUCCCAAAAGCAACUUUGGAGAAAUGAUGAUUGAAGAAGAUGCCGUUAGCUCUGUAAAUAAUCUUGGAAGCAAACAGGCCUUAAGUUCUGACUACCUGGAUUCUGAGUAUCAAAAAGGACAACUAUACCUCAGUUCUCUUAACAGUGAUGAUUUUCAGGUGGCAACAUAUACCCUCACAAAUGCUGCACCUAUGACUCAAUCAUUCAGGGAAAGGUGGUACAUGAAUGUGAAUAGCCUAAUGGACCUUGCCUUGGCCCCGUAUUGUGGAAAUGGAGAUGACCUCUAUGUCAUUACAGGAGCAGUACCCUCAGACCACAGACUUAAGGACAAAGUAUCUGUCCCUGACUUUGUUUGGUUGGCUGCUUGCUGUGCUGCUCCUGGAGGAUGGGCUAUAGGAUUCAUCAAGCGUGUGAGGGAUGGGGAUAUCAUAGAAGAUGUGAUGGUAAAAGAUCUUGAAAAGCUGCUUCCAUCUGGGACUCAGCUGUUCCAAAAUAAUUGUAGGGAAGCAGACCAAGACACAGAGAAAAUGAAAAAAAUAUUUGAAAAAGUUAACCAUGUACAGGAUGAAGAGAGAAUGGUCCAGGCUAAGUCAAGUUCUAGCCAAUUAUCCAGUACUCGGAACAAACGAUCUGUUGCGUCAUUGCCAGAAGAAGCCAAUGAGAGCAGUCUUCUUAGAACAAUUGGGAGCAUUGUUGCCACGCCUUUUGUCAAGCUUUUCCAAUUAAUAUACUACCUUGUAGUUGAAAUUCUGAAAAAUGUUUUCUAUUGCCUAUGGUACAUUACCAAGCAAGUUAUAGGUAUUCUGGAAAAUGGAAUCCACAGAAUGUGUUCAGCAACUGUGUCAUAUAUCAUGACCAUUGGGGAAGAACUGGUGAGCAUUCCCUGGAAAGUAGUCAAAGUCAUCGUCAAAAUCAUCAGGGCUUUUCUACGCAUUCUCUGCUGCCUGCUGAAAACCAUUUGCCGAAUUCUGAGUAUCCCUUUCAGAAUCUUUGUGGACAUUGUUAGUUUCCCCAUGUAUACAGCUUGUGCCAUCCCAACUGUUCUUAAAGAUAUUGCUGUAGGCCUGGGAGGCACUUUCUAUCUCCUUCUGAACACCAUCUUUGGCACUAUUGGCAGCGUGUUUCAUGUGUUUUUUAGUGUUUUUAAAUGGAUUGGCUUUAAAGUAUCUUAUGACAACUCUGGGGAGUUGUAGAAAGAAGAAUGGAACAGGAGAAUCCAUCCACUGAGACUGUGACUUUUUGUAAGGGAGAAUCAGAAUGAUUACUCUUUUCAACAUGUGGCUUCCUGCUCUUACUUCAUAUGGCAUUUUGGGCACUGAUAAUAUUGCAAAUUCACUUAGAAGUUAAGGGGAAGCUGCCUCUGAUAGCAAAGAAAUGAUAGUAUGAUUUAGGAUUUUCUGCUAGUAAAGUGUCAAGGGCUGAAAGUUGAGGGUUAACUAAUCCUUAUGGCUUGAUAGUUUAAUUUGGUCAGAUGGUAAGUUCUUUACUACUAAUAAGUUAGAGAAAUGACAGUUGCCUUUUUCUCAGAAAGUGGCUUACACCAUAGGAGAUAUGUGUUCUCUUAGUGAUAAUUGAGAAUCAGAGGGAGUAAAAUAUUCAACUUAAGUGUUUUCUGAAACCAGGGGAAAGGAAUUUGUUUUUUUUGAGAUUUAAUUCCUCUCAUCUAAUCUAACUGAAUGCAAUAAAAUCAGAUGUUUGUAGCUGAUUCAUGAAUCGUCUUCCAACAUCAUGACUUUGGAGCAAUAUAAAACUUGCCAGCUUAAGAUGUUGAAUGUUUCACUACCAUUGGAUGAGAGGAUUGCCAUAAUCUAAAAAACUUCUUUGGACUUUCAAAGCCCCCCAAAAUCUAGUUGUGGUUUUUAAUUUUUCUCAGUUGAACACCAUUACAUAGUCAUCACAGAUAAUGAAUGUUUUUGCAAAAUAUGAGGUGGGAAAGUAAGUCCAGAAUUCUCUUGGCAAAAGUAUAAGAUUCCUCUUUAAGGCAAAUAAUCCAAGAAGGAUAAGAAUUCAGUAUCAAAUCUUUGUUUGGUCUUAUAUAGUUUAGUGAGUUUAUGGAAUCUUUCACCAAGCCGAGAAACUGUUACCAGCUUAAAGGUGACCUGAAAAUCUCAUGCCAAGAAUCCCUCACCAUCAGUUAAUAUGAUUUACUAAGUAAAUUUGGGCUUCUGUACAAGUCAAUUUAAUGAACACAUUCCCUUAUACAUCAAGGCAAAUGAUAAAACUGAAGCACUUUAAAUAGGUCCCUAAAGAAUUAUUUUGGUUAGAGGGGAAAAAAAGGCUUACACUCAGAAGAAUUCCAAUUCAUGUAUUUUCAGUUAGUAUAAUAGAGGGGAAAAAAAGCUAAAAAGCUUCUCAGGAGACUAGAUCCUUAUUUAAGAAAUGCCUCAUGGGAAAAUACUCUUUUGUGGGCAAUAGGUCAAUGGAUUUAAGACUCUUACAAUAUAUCCUUUAGGUCACAAUCUACUAGGAAAUUAAAUUUUUCUCACAAUCACAGAUGUCAUGCAAGUAAACAUCUCUAUUUUCCUACCUCUUAAAGACAAAUUCAUUAAUUCAAAACCUUUGAAGGAAGCAAAACCACACUCCUCAGGAUUUACUCUGCUUCUGACACUGGAUCAUUGCCCAUGGCAAUGAUUGAAUAAUAAAGAAAAAAUGAGGGGUCAGAGGAAGAGCUGUGAAUAAGGAGGAAAUUGGGUAUGAAACCCUGACACCAGAGGCAUCUGCCCUUUGUAUUUUAUCAUCAUAAAGUCAGGUUUAUAAAUUAACAGGCAGGAAGGAAACAUUUUUACUGUAGAUAUAAAGACUAGUCAUUUGUAUUGGGAUGGUGACUGGAAAAUGUUAGUGCAAUAGGACUGAAAAUAAGAUCAGUGCAUUUAAUUUAAAAAGAAUUAUAACUAGCCAGGUAAAAUCAUGAUAGAUCCAUGAUGUGAGACUUGGAACACAACUCCUGGACAGGCUCGAGAUUGGAAAAUAUAGUCCAUAUUUAGAUUUUUGAUUAAUUUAACAAUGUUCAACCAUAUGCUUCCAUUCCACAAGUAUAUGUGGCCAGACAAAACUUUCCAUUGGUAAUAUGAUACAAUGGAAGGAGUAUUGAUUCUGAAGUGAGAGGAUCUGGGUUUAAAUCCUGGAUAAGUUACUUAGUCCCAGUGGGCCUCCAUUUCCUCAUCUAUAAAAUAAAGGGAUUGGAUUGUUUGGCUUCUGAGGUGCUAUCUGAUCUGGGUCUAUGAUCCUAUGAACAAUGGAAGUGAUUAGAAACUGGUGGUAUUUUGUAUUAAUGAAACCGAUUCAUAGAGAAAGGAAGCAAUAUAGUCUUUGAAUCUUAGAGUUGAAAGGGACAUUCUCAUUUUAUAGAUCAAGAAACUGAGGCCCACAGAAGAUAAAUGGCAUCUUUAAGAUUACAAAGCUAGUUGUGGUAGAAUCUGGAUAACUUGGAUAUCUUGUCUUCUCUUACAUUAGGUUUAUUCCAGUGUUUAUUUCUGGCUUUUGUAAUGUAAGAGCAGACAACUGAUCCUAUAUGCCUGCAGCACCAUGACCAACCCUACUGUGGUGUUCUAAACAUGUUUAGUAACUAAAAAAAUAACUUAUUUAACUCUUUGAGUUCAUUGCAUUAUACAUAUUAUGGCCUUCUUGAGAAACUUGGAAAAGGAGAAGAAAGCAAAAUGUCUACCAGUUAGAAAAUUGAGGUAGCCAUAGUUGCACUGAGCAUGUCUACUGUAUUUGCCAAUCCUCUCUGUUUGCUGAGACUGGUUUGAUGUUGUCAUUAAGUCCUGCCAAGGGAUCAGCUUAGGGAAUAGCACUAAUAGAGCCAUUUUGCUUAGGCUUUGAUUGAAGGGCAGUGGAGACUUAGGAUUAUGAACUUUAUUUCUAUGUUGAGGAUUUUGUUGUUCUUUCAUACUCAUUGUAGCUUUGUGGAAGGAUUGUGAAUAUGUGAUUUUAUUUUAAUUACUUUUUUGGGAUGGGGGAAAAAGUCCAGAUUUGUGACUCCUUCAAUGUAUGGAAUCUCAGGUGUGGAAACUUCCUACAUCUAUGCAGGUAAAUAUCUAUAAAGCAAAUAGCUGUAGAGAAUUUAAAAGACAACCUAAAUCACAUAGCUCAGAGGCAAGACCUGAACUGGACCUUCUUUGGUGCCAGAGCUGGCUUUCUAUCUAUUCUGUCAGGCUACCUCUCAAAGUCCUGAUGAAGAAACCUUUUAUCCAAUUUGGACAUUAUCUAGAUCCUUUUUUCCCCUUUCUUAUUCCCCGAUCCCAUCCAACUUUUUUGGUUACCUCAUUCUCUGUAUAACAUUUCCAAUUAACUAGGUACUAGGGAACUGAAGAAAAGUCAGAAGAAGGGAGAGAUUCUUAAUAAGUGACAAUUUGACCUUUGGGAGUUUACUACUCAAGACUCAAGGCAUGGUAUAGAAUACACUGUGGGAACUCAAUAAGCAAAUGCUUAUUGACUGACUGCAACUUGUUAACAAGUCUGGUGAUGGCUGACUGGAGAAGGAAGCUACUAGCUCAAAUCAGGUUUAGGAAUUACCUGUUUAUUUCAUCAAACCCUGUUCUCCUUGUUCCAUAUUAACUCAAACAAAAGCACUGAUUUCCAAACGUAACUUUCAUUUCUUUUGCUUUGAAACUUGAGAACAUUUGUGAAGAAAAGAAAAUGACUAUAACCACAAGGCAAGUAUUAGAAAUAUUUUUUCAAGGUCAUGUCUCUGGAAACAAUCUUUGGCUCAGCCAUUUCAGAAAUAACAGUAUUAGUGAUGUUUUUAUAUGAAUGAGACUCUAAGGGCUCUUUUCUCAUAGAUUUUGUCCUGCAUUGACAACAAUGCUGAUAACUAUCUUUAUCGAUUACUAAAAUCCCCACUGUCUGAAGGGAAAAGGCACAGCAUCUAAAAGAAAUUGGACUUCUCUUGGGCUCUGUAUCUCAGUCUUUCUUCUUUGCAAAUGACAGAGAUAAAGGCAGGAAAUCUUGGCUGCUUCCCCAGUGCCAGCUGGGGCUUGUGUCUCAUUGUGUCUUGUUCUGUGUUUGGCAGCUGCUUGGGAUACAAUAAAUGCUACAAAGAAACAACAACUUGCUGGUAACAAUUUCGUAAUACUCCUUAAAAUGUGGGUCUUGCUGUACCAAAUAUUCCCAAGUUUUUCAGUUCCACCCCAGGCAGGCACUUUGCAUGAUAUAUUGACUGCUAAUUAGGACCAUAGAAGCCCAUCCAGAUUAAGAACAAUAACAUCUAAACAUGUAUAUAUCAAUAUUGAAAACUUGCCCAAACACUUCUUUUUUUUUUUUCCCUUUCAAACAGAAGGCCUGACAAAAACUUGUAAAGUACUCAUGGCAAGCAAUAGCUUGGGUUUUUUCUGUUCUCCUUAUUUGUGUUUGAAUAUGGCAUAAGCUUGACUUCAUUGUUGAUAACUCCAUAAUAAAUAAUAAUAAUUAAAUAAUCCUAUUUUUUUUUAAAAAACUAGAUUGUGGAUUGCCUUUUGUUAAUCAACUAAACCAAAGGGCAGCAGUGACUAUUAAAUCUGAAUUGUACUGAAACCUUGUGGCCAUCCUUCCUUGAUUCUAUGCUCCAUUUGGAAAAUUUGCCAAAUCUUAAUCUGGAGUUAUUUGCUGCAAAGGUCUUAGAAUCAAAGGUUGUAAGAGUUACAAUGAA